AUGCCAGAUUCAUCUUGGCGCCUCGAUGGCAGCUCGAUCAAAGCCACAGUGUGGUACAAAGACAAUGCGCAAGACAAAUCCAGAGAGUCCAUUCUCGACCUGAACCGCUGCUGCCGCGUGUGGAACACCUACUCUAAUAGCUUCGAGCUCUCAUACAUCCCAAGGCCAGAUGAUCUUUCCAAACCCAAUGACGAUUAUUUGUCUGGCAAGCUUACAGAAAUCGACGGGAUGAAAAUCUUCGAGGAGGGCAACGGUGUCUUGCGUGCAGAACAUACACCCAAGUACAUAUUUUGGAAGACUAUGUACACAGCUCAAUUCGACCUAAAACCGUUUAUUCGCUACUCAGAUGAUGGCCAUAUCGAGUUUGUGCACAAGCCGUUUCAGAGUAGUGGUAGUAGUCUUCCCGGUUGGGUUAGUUCUAUCCUCAAAGUAGUGGGAGACUAUGGAAAAAGUCAGCAAAGGUCUGGGGGUGGGGGCGUAAUUGGAUCGGAGGUUAUCAAGCAACUUGACAAGUUGGUUGAUAUAUUUCAGGACUAUAUCAAAACUCAGAAUAUGGAUGCAAAAGUCAAGGACUUUUUACAGGGAACUUAUGUUGAUACGAAUGGAGAUCUUAUUCGACGUGGUAGUUAG